AUGUCUUCUCCAGCGCCUAAUCGUCGCAGAGGUCGCUCGGCCAGAGAUUCGACAAUCUCCUCUCCUGCCCGCUCUACCCGCUCUACCAGAUCACAACAACAACUUCAGACCAGCAGCCCUCCUCCCACAGAUGAUCAGUCGCAGACCACUCCCCGUGCCUCGAGGCGGGUACGGGGUGAAGGCCCCGUUCCAUCGUCGUCGCCAAUGUUCUUUCAGUCAUCUCCAAUGAAGGCAAACAGCAGCGCAGAGACGCCCGAUCUCGGUAUGGAAGAGCCUAGCUCACCUGUCCGGGCAUCUUCGACAAUGGAGGAUGUUGAAACCACGCCUCGAGGAAACGCUGCUACCAUCAGAGAUUCAUCUCCCAUCCGUUACGUCUCUAGCUCCAGCCCGACCCGUUCUCUCGGUCGUCGGGCAGAGCGGUCGGAUAUCCCCAGCAGUAGCAGCGGUCUUUUCGUAUCGUCUAGAUCAGUCACAGAUGGCAAUCGUGGAGUUUCUCGUCGCAAUGACCUUCAUUCGGGCGGCUUUGGAUCGACCCCAAGUCGCCGCCGCAGAAUCUUUGUCGACGCCAAUGGUGUGCCCACCGCCGAUGCCGAGCCGCGCUCUGAUGCGACCUUUUCCAACAUUCAUCCAGACACCUCCGAAGCGGAGGCUCUUGGUGGCAGCUCCACUCGUGUAAUUUGGGGAACCAACAUCUCCAUCCAAGACUCGAUGUCCGCCUUCAAGAACUUCAUUUACAAUUUCGCUACGAAAUACCGUCUCUGGGCGGAAGGUGCCUCCGAAAAUGAAACUCGGACGAUGGGCAAGGCUGCUGAAGAGAGGGAAUACAUUGCCAUGCUGAAUACAAUGCGUCAACUCGGUGUCACCAAUCUCAACCUGGAUGUGAAGAAUCUCAAAGCAUACCCCUCGACGCUGAAGCUCUGGCACCAAUUGCACGCAUAUCCGCAGGAAAUUAUUCCUCUGAUGGAUCAAACUGUCAAGGAUGUCAUGGUUGAGCUUGCAGGUAAGGAGAUGCAGCGCCAACGGAGUAGCAGCCGGCACCGUCAGAAUCAGUCAAGGGAUUUGAGCUCCGCACCUGCGGUUCCAAGCUCUGAUGCGCUCAUGAGCGAUGCUGGCCGGGCCCCACAGGCCGAAAUCCAAGACCUUGUCCAGGAAGUCGAAUCGAACUCGUACAAGGUCAUGCCUUUUGGCCUUGACUCUGCAGUGAACAUGAGAGAUCUUGACCCUGCUGACAUGGAUAAAUUAAUCAGCAUCAAGGGUCUGGUCAUCAGAACCACCCCUAUCAUCCCCGACAUGAAAGAGGCUUUCUUCCGCUGUCAGAUUUGCAACCAUAGUGUUCAGGUCGAUAUCGAUCGUGGCAGGAUUGCAGAGCCCGCAGAAUGUCCCCGCCCUAUUUGCAAGGCCAAGAAUUCCAUGCAGCUUGUUCAUAACCGCUGUGCCUUUGCGGACAAGCAGGUGAUUAAACUCCAAGAAACUCCCGACAGUAUCCCUGAUGGACAAACACCCCACUCCGUCUCCCUGUGCGUGUACGACGAGCUGGUCGAUGUCUGCAAAGCUGGUGACCGUGUUGAGGUUACUGGUAUCUUCCGGUGCAAUCCUGUGCGCGUAAACCCUCGCCAGCGGACCCAGAAGACUCUUUUCAAGACCUAUGUGGACGUCUUGCACGUGCAGAAAACUGAUCGCAAGAAGCUGGGUAUUGAUGCUUCCACUGUUGAGCAAGAGCUUUCGGAGCAGGCUGCUGGUGACUCUGAGCAGGUGCGCAAGAUCACAGCUGAAGAGGAGGAGAAGAUCAAGCGAACUGCCACCCGGCCCGACAUCUACGAGCUGCUCUCACGCUCCCUGGCACCAAGUGUCUACGAGAUGGAUGAUGUUAAGAAGGGCAUCCUGCUCCAGAUGUUUGGAGGCACUAACAAGACUUUCGAAAAGGGAGGUAACCCUCGCUACCGUGGCGACAUCAAUGUCUUGCUCUGCGGUGAUCCCUCCACUUCCAAAUCACAGCUUCUUCGUUAUGUCCACAAGAUCGCCCCACGCGGUGUCUAUACCAGCGGCAAAGGUUCCUCGGCUGUCGGUCUUACAGCUUAUGUGACUCGUGAUCCCGAGACCCGCCAGAUGGUCCUUGAGUCCGGUGCUUUGGUCCUCUCUGACGGUGGUAUUUGCUGCAUCGACGAGUUUGAUAAGAUGAACGAAUCGACGCGGUCAGUUCUACACGAAGUGAUGGAGCAGCAAACCGUCUCAGUUGCCAAAGCUGGUAUCAUUACCACCCUCAAUGCUCGUACCAGUAUUCUGGCUUCGGCCAACCCGAUCGGCAGUCGCUAUAAUCCCAAUCUCCCCGUUCCCCAGAACAUCGACUUGCCCCCCACUCUCCUUUCUCGAUUUGACCUGGUGUAUCUUGUUCUGGAUCGGACCGAUGAGCAAGAAGACCGCCGGCUGGCCAAGCACUUGGUGAACAUGUACCUGGAAGAUAAGCCGGAGAAUGCAAGCAACGAAGAAAUCUUGCCGGUGGAAUUCUUGACGGCCUACAUCACCUACGCCAAAACUCGGGUGCACCCAGUGCUCACCCCAGCUGCGGGCAAAGCGCUCUCCGACGCAUAUGUCAACAUGCGCAAAUUGGGCGACGACAUUCGAUCGGCAGACCGCCGUAUCACAGCCACCACCCGUCAACUUGAAUCGAUGAUUCGUCUCUCUGAGGCUCACGCACGUAUGCGCCUGGCGACUGAGGUAACGGCGGACGAUGUGGAGGAAGCCGUGCGUUUGAUCCGGUCGGCCAUCAAGCAAGCCGCGACGGACGCCCGCACCGGCCUCAUUGACAUGGGUCUUCUGACCGAAGGCACCAGCGCCAGCGAGAGACGCAAUCGCGAGGCGAUCAAGCGUGGCGUGCUCGCCGUGGUCGAUGAGCUGGCCGGAUCCACUGGCGGCGCCCGCUGGGCCGAUGUCUACCGUGUUCUGAACGAGCAGAGCAGUGCCGGCGUAGAUAACGCCCAAUUCAACGAUGCUGUCCGUGCCUUGGAGACGGAGGGCGCGGUCAAUAGAACAGGAAGGCAAGAUUACAGCCGGGGGACGAUCGCAGCAGUGCGGCAGCGGUCCUCCACUCACAAUUCCGCCCUUCUCUCCAGGUUCGGGGAACACCUCCGGUCGUCCAUGGUCAAGGAGUACUACUGGUACUACAUCGCCUAUGAAGAAUUGAAGAAAGCUCUGAAGACCGGAUAUAUCACGGAGCCCACCCCCGAAAAUGCCAGCCCCGAUCGUCAGCCCUGGUCGGAAGAUGACGAGAAGCACUUCGUGACGCUGCUGGAGAGCGAAUUGGACAAGGUCUUCAACUUUCAGCGGAUCAAGAGCGCCGAGAUCGCUCGUCGCAUUCAGGCGAGCGAACAGGAGGUCAGUGAUGUGGUGUCGCGCCUGGAGAGUGCCACCAGUGCCCGGUCCGACAGUGUCUCCCACAACCGACCCAACCGCGAUCCGCCCUCGGACGAGGAUUUCUUGGUGCUCGAGCAGGCCUUGAGCGACAUCAUCGCCGACGUACAUGACCUGGCCAAGUUUACGCAAUUGAACUACACGGGAUUUCAGAAAAUCAUCAAGAAGCAUGAUAAACAAACGGGGUGGCAUCUGAAGCCAGUAUUCGCUGCGCGUCUCAACGCUAAGCCAUUUUUUAACGAUAACUAUGAUGCGCUCGUGGUUAAAUUGUCCAAGCUCUACGACCUUGUGCGGACCAAAGGUAACCCCGUUAAGGGUGAUUCUGCCGCCGGUGGAAGCCAGCAGAACUUUGUCCGCCAAACUACCAAGUAUUGGGUACACCCAGACAACAUCACGGAGCUCAAAUUAAUAAUUCUCAAGCACCUUCCCGUUCUAGUCUUCAACCCAAGCAAAGAGUUCGAGGAGAAGGACGCUGCUAUUUCCUCUAUUUACUACGACAACACUGAUACCUGGGAACUAUACCAAGGUCGCCUGAAGAAGACCGAAGGCGCGGAGGCUAUCCGAUUGCGUUGGUACGGUGGCAUGGAGAGCGAUCAAAUAUUCGUCGAGCGCAAGACCCACCGAGAGGAUUGGACUGGAGAGAAGUCGGUCAAGGCACGUUUCUCGCUGAAAGAGAAGCAUGUCAACGACUACCUGGCUGGUCGCUUGACGGUGGAACAAAUCUUCGAGAAGAUGCGCAGGGAAGGCAAGAAGAGCGAAGAGGAAAUCGCCAACCUCGAGCAACUGGCGCGGGAAAUUCAGUAUCGAGUCAUCACACGGCGACUAGUACCAGUCACCCGGUCGUUCUACCACCGCACAGCCUUCCAGCUUCCCGGAGACGCUCGUGUGCGUAUCUCUCUUGAUACUGAGUUGACAAUGGUUCGAGAGGACAACCUGGACGGUCGCCGCAGAGCUGGCGACAAUUGGCGUCGCAUGGACAUCGGUGUUGAUUAUCCGUUCUCACAAUUGCCCCCCGAUGACGUGGAGCGUUUCCCUUAUGCCGUCCUUGAAGUCAAGCUCCAAACACAGGCGGGCCAGGAGCCACCCAAGUGGAUCAGGGAGCUAACAGCUAGCCAUCUGGUUGAGGCCGUUCCCAAGUACAGUAAAUUUAUUCACGGCACGGCCACGCUAUUCCCGGACCGUAUCAACCUCCUGCCAUUCUGGAUGCCGCAGAUGGACGUCGACAUCCGCAAGCCAGCCACCCGCCAGUUCGGAAUCACGCGUCCGUUGCCCAGCACCUCAUUAUCCGCGACAGAAACUCCGGAAGAUGAGAUCUCGGAGGAUGAGGAUGAGAGCGCAGGCCAGUGGCCGAAUGGUGUGCACCGAGUGGAGGCUAUCGAUGCUGAUCACCACGCGCUAUUCGCAGACUCAGAUGGCAAUGCGCUAGACAUUGAGGAACGCAUCGCCGCUCUACCGCUUCCGGGCGACGAGGAUUAUCCGCUGUACGACUCGGACCAAGAAUCUUCCAUUGAUUCGGAUGAAUUGGAAGAAGCGCGUCGGGUCGGAGGCACAUACUACUACAAGCAGCUGGCCAAAUACUACACCGAGCACGCCGGCUCUAUCUUGAUCCACGUGCUCAAAUCCCUCAUCCCCCGACCUACACCCACCAGUCUCCCCGCACCCGAGCAGAGCGGAAUCGCCGUCAUCGGCAACAAGCGUACCGUCAAGCGAUUCCACGCUCCCAAAGGCAAACGAAUCCACGUCCCCGUCCGCGUCGAGCCCAAAGUCUACUUCGCCGCCGAGCGCACCUUCCUUUCGUGGCUCGAGUUCUCCAUCCUCCUCGCAACCAUCGCCGCCACCCUCCUCAAUUUCGGCGACGACUACAUCACCUUCGCCUCCGCGUGGGCGUUCACCAUUUUGGCUUCGCUGUCUUUGAUUUAUAGUCUGGUGCUGUACAUCUGGCGCGUCGACAAGAUCCGCAAGCGCCGCGACGUCAAGCGCGUGUACUACGAGAAGUGGGGCCCCACCGUCGUCGGGAUGGGCCUGGUGGCCAUCGUCAUGGUCAACUUCGGGCUCCGCGUCCGGCAGCAAGGGUUCUUGGCCAAGGAUGGGCCCGGGGGUCUCGAUGUCCCUCCUCCCCACGGUGGGGAGUUGUAG